AUGGAUUUGCCUAUUCACUUGCGCAGUGUACCGUUGUGUUCAUUUAGAACAGAUGAAUUUCUACAAGCGUUUCAUCGUUUUUCUGCUAGACGUGGGAAGCCAUCCAUAAUUUAUACUGAUAAUGGAACAAAUUUUGUUGGAGCAUGCAAUGCACUUGCUUCAAUCGAUUUCAAUGAAAUUGCAAAAAAAGGAGCUAAUGAACGUAUUAUUUGGAAGUUCAUUCCCCCAGGCGCUCCAUGGUGGGGUGGCUGGUGGGAACGCCUCAUAGGAAUGAUGAAAAGAAUAUUAAGAAAAGUUCUUGGGAGAGCCUGCCUUAGUUAUGAGGAAAUGUAUACCGUUUUAUGUAACUGUGAAGCUAUCCUAAAUGAUAGACCUUUAACAGUUGUAUCGGCUUAUUCAAGUCUCACUUCCAUAACACCUGGAAAUUUUUUACGAGAAAUACAAAACUAUUCAGUGCCAAUUGUGAAACAUGACUUCAAUUCUAGCUUUUAUAAACGAAGAUUGCGUUAUAUCCAAAAUGUUAAUCAGGUUUUCAAGAAAAGAUUUCGCCAGGAAUAUCUGGGAACUUUGAAAACAACAAGCAAAAAAUUCGCUAGAAGUUGUAAAUUAAAAGAAGGAGACAUUGUCUUAAUUGGAAGCGAUGACAAAAGGAGAUUAAAUUGGCCUCUUGGUAAAAUCAUACAAUUAUUUCCAGGUACCGACGGUGAAAGUCGACGAGCCAAAAUUAAAGUGCAAAAUGGAAAAGUCACAAGAGCUGUACAAAAUCUUUAUCCUUUGGAAUUAUCGACUGCAGAGGAACUUCCAUCGAAAUUCAGGGGAUUUGAACGAUGCGAAAAUAUUUCGGUAGAGCAAACUCCAAUUGAUGAUGUACCUGUAGAAACAAAUAGAAUAAUCCAUACCCAUUUAAAAUCGCCCACGAUAACCAAAUCAGGAAGGACAAUUAGAGUUCCUCAUCGAUUGGACUUGUGA